CCCUCACUCUCAUUCCCAAACAUCGUAAAGCAACAUGGCGGCCCUAGGUGUGAUGAAUGGAAAUGCUUUGUUUCCCGUGUUUCUGUGCCUUUUCUGCUGCGUGUUUCACACCGGGGCGUCUACAACAGAUGAAUAUAGUGAGGAACUUCUUAUCGUGCCGUUCAGGAGUGGCCAGGUGUACUCGCACUUCGAGUUCACGACGUCGUGGGAUGUAGAUUUCGCGGGAAGCGAGGGAGGGCCGCGGUACAAGCUGCACCACUUCCGUCUGUUCCCCCGGGCUUUGGGACAGGUGCUGACAGAGUACCGCGUACAGGAGAUGCACCUGACACUCACACAGGGCAUGUGGCAGCAGGACAAGUGGGGUUAUCCUGUUGUGUCAGCAGCGCCGGGUGCAGAGCUGUGGGUGUGGUUCCAGCAGGAGGUAGCCGACGUGGACCAGGCGUGGUUCGGACUGACCAAUGCCCUGUCUGGCCUCUUCUGUGCCUCACUCAACUUCAUCGACUCCACGUCCACAGUAACCCCACACCUGUCCUUCAGACCACAGGGGCUGGCAGGGGGAGUCUUCUCAACUAAACCUUCUCACCUACGAUAUGCGACCCUGCCCAGAGAGAAUGUGUGCACAGAGAACCUGACUCCAUGGAAGAAACUCCUGCCCUGCAGUACCAGGACUGGGCUAGCAGCACUCUUUCAUGCAGGCCAGCUGUAUAACACACAGUACAGCUCGCUGGGGGUGCACCUGCGCCCAGUGUGCCGGAAUGACAGCUGUUCAGAUGCCAGCCUGGAGCUGCGGCAGGUGCUGUCCACGGUGGCGGACCCGCCUUCCGUGCUGAACGGGAAGCAGGACUGGUCCAUGAAGCGAUAUUUCUCGCGGUCUCUGUCUGGCCCCUGUCCCCUGGCUGUCACCAGCCGUGUGUAUGUGGAUGUGACUGUCAAUCAGACCAGCAGUUUUACUCUCAAACCAGAACCAACUCAAGUCAAGAUGACCAAUUACCAAGGCUACAGCAGGCAGCUGGCUGUGUAUGAUCUGUGGGCCUUCCCUUUCCACAAGGAACAUGGGCUGAAUGUAGACAUGAAGUGGAAGAAGGAGGUGUCAUAUAGCCAGCCCUCCCCUCCACGUCUGUAUGUGCACCGCUUUGUCACAGGGUAUGGUCAGGACCAUGGUGGUAUCAUGAGUCUCCUGUACAACAGACAUCCGUACAUGGAGCAACAGGUUAUCUACAUGGAGCUCAUACCAUGGUUCACCCGCAUGUACCUCCACACACUGAAGGUGGAGACUACAGAAGGGAACGUGGUCCAGCCACUACUGACCCGUUACCAGCCGGGUAGUGACCGCCAGAGCCCGUACCUACUGGAGCUGGUCCUGACCCUCCCGCCUGACUCCACCACACGUGUGAGCUUCAGCUUCCAGCGAGCCUUCCUCAAGUGGACAGAGUACCCGCCUGACGCCAACCACGGCUUUUAUAUCAGCUCAGCAGUACUCACUACAAUACUCAGACAAGCAGACAACUUCACGGUUCCCCCCGCCCUGGGCAGUGGUCUGCAGGCUGGUUUGUUCCAGUCGUCCACAGAGUACCCGCUGCGCCUGCACACAGAGACCCUCCUCAUCAGCCUGCCCACACCUGACUUCAGCAUGCCCUAUAACGUCAUCUGUCUCACCUGUACUGUUAUCGCCAUCGCGUUUGGCUCCCUGCACAACCUCACAACACGCAGGUUCCAGUAUACAGAUUUGAAGAAAGCUAACCCAGGUUGGCGUGCUCGGCUGGCCCAGCUCUUCGGCCGCGGGAAACAAACUUCACCUGAAGACAAAAAUCAAGACCCCGGGGAGGAGAGUGAGGAUCCUGGGGAGGAGAAUGAAGACCCUGGGGAGGAGAGUGAAGACCCUGGGGAGGAGAGUGAGGACCCUGGGAAGGAGAAUGAUGACCCUGGGGAGGAGAGUGAAACCUCUGAUGAUGAGGGGACUGACAACAUUAGAGAGCGGAGAAAAAAUAUUAAAACAGAGAGUCCUAGCAGAGAGGACAUCUUAAAAAGUGACAAAAAGGAUAGAUGAUAUGUCUUACUGGCUAGGUCUCUGGGGGAGAUGUAGAAGUCUUUUGCAAGAACCGAAUGCAGACAUACAUUGUAUGUUUGCUGGUCAACGUGGGAGAGUGUUACAAUAUAGAUCAGGUAAUGAUAAAAUGUCCACUUGUUGCAAAGAGAAAGUAGUUUGGUCACCAGAAUACAAGUUGGGUUUUGAUUGAUGGUGAAUACAUAAUAUACUAUAACAGAUCUCUCCAGUGAUCAUUCUAAUAUUUUGAGAAAAUUAAAUUUCCGCGUAAGUACAAACUUGUCUAAAACAACCACCCAGGGGACCAAGGAAAAGUGGUCUUUAUAGAAAAGUGGUCUUGAAAUUCUUGAAAAAAAGCAUGAAUUAAGGGUUAAUGACCCGCCCCGAGGUGAAUAUGGUGUGAUAAAGCCUUGUCAGUUGCUAUAACCACAGAAUAAAGCCACCAAGUGAGCGCAGCGA